AUGGCAGCCCUUGGCGAAGCUCACGGCCUUCAGACCCCGGCACAAACUCAAGACAUCGUCACGACUUCUGAUAUCGCCACGGCCUCCGCAGUUGCUCAAAUUGCCAGAAACACCACUACGACAUCAGUCGACGCCCAAGAUCGAGGGCUCGACUCCGACCCCGAGGAUGACGAACCUGUGUUUGAUCCAGCUACGGUCAAGGACUCCGGCAAGACCGCAGUGGAACUCCGAUUUUUAGCCGAGAAGUAUGCCUCGACCGGUCUUUCGGAUACUGUAGUUGAAUCCUUACUGAAUUUCCACGAAGAGAUGGAGACGCUCAUUGCUAUCAAAGCACUCGAGCUCGGUAUCACUGUAUCUGACAUCGAACGAGUAUUUGGAAAGUACGUAGGGGUACGUAGACCUUCCGCGUGGAAUCGAUUUCUCCAAAGUCCACUUGCGAGGGCCACAUUCAAAGCUGCUCGAGGUGUUGGUAACGGGAAAGGGAUGAAGGCAUUGAGUCAAAAGUGGAAGUCGAUGACCCUCGAGGAGAAGAGUGUCUAUAAACAGGCUACUCAAGAGGCCGACCCCGCAGUCCUCAACAACUUCAAUGAUCAACUUCACGAUAUGGGGGUUGGGAAUCAGAGCCGCCAAUCCAUACUCCAAUCUCGUUCGAACACGGUUGCCAAUGCUAAGAACACCAAACAGUACAAAGAAAAAGCCAAAAGCUUUGUUGAGGAAACUCUAAGCAAUGCAGUCCAAAUGGUAUAUAGCAUGGACGGUGUUCAUGACUUUCUGACACGACUACAAGGGUUGUUGGUGGGCCAAACACCCACCGAUUUGAAAGCUUCCAUAACCGAGAGCGCGCGUGCCUUUCAAAGCCGAAUUGUCAAGUCACUCUCCAGUCAUCUAUAUGAGACUACUAAGCUGCGCCAUUGGCCAUGGAGCAAGUGCGACGUUACCCUCAAUGACGCCGGAUAUCAAUUGAAGUUGCUUCCCGGUGCCCGAUCUGUCGAACAAACCUUUAAGGAACCCAGCAUCAACCUCAACCGAGCGAAACUUUUGGCUCUAGAAGCCGACCUCAAGGACAACUUAAUCCAAUUAGUCAGGCUUGAUAGGAACCCCCGAUUUUUUGAAGAACGUGAAGAACGACGUAUGCAUUCCAAGACUGAUCAAUCCAGUCAACGAAACACAUCCAACUCGAGCCUGCCUGAUCCUGUGCAGAACCUAUUUAUCGAUCCUCGUCUCAAUCUUCCAAGUAAUACCUCAAACACUCAAGACACGCAAGGUACUACUCAAUUUGAUCGAUCUCGACAGAAUCAUAACCCUUCCCCCCAAUAA